AUGACGCGUUUCGUGUCGGCGGGUGCCAUCGACGUCAAGACGGGCGAGGCCGUCGUCGCCGAGGAGACCAAGAACGGAGACGGCACCACCGCCGCCGCCGCCGCCACCACCGCCAUCGAGGCGAAGAAGAAGGCAGAGUGGGAGAUUGUGCAGAGGGAGCUCGAGGCCGAGAGGAAGCGGAGGGAGGAGGCGCGGGUCAAGAGCGUCGAGGGCGGGGAGAAAAGCCUGUACGACGUGUUGCAGGCGAACAAGGCCGCCAAGCAGGCCGCGUUCGAGGAGGCCAACAAGAUCAAGAACCAGUUCCGCGCUCUCGACGACGACGAGAUCGAGUUCCUGGACGAGGUGCGUGAGGCGAAGCGCGCCGAGGAGGAGCGGGUGCGGCGGGAGACGGAGGAAGGGCUCGCGGCGUUCCGGAGGGCACAGGGCCAGGGCCAGAAGAGGCCCGGCGAUGGCGGCGACGACGACGACGAUGCGUCCGAAGGAGGAGGGGGAGCAGACGGGGGAGCCGCCGCGGCGGCGGGCGUUUCUGGGGCCCGGGACGACGGCGCGGGCAAAGCGGAAGAGGAGUGGGCCGUCGGGCCGAGGAAGCGGAGGAAGAGGGAGAAGGGGGGGUUCGGGGUGAGGAGGGAUGCGGCGGCGGAGAGGAAGACGUCGGUCGGCGAGAAGGCUACUGCGGCGACUGCCAUAGGCGGUGGUGAGAAGAAGGAGGACGCCGCCGAGGGAAGCCCGCGCGCGCCGCCGCCGGCUAACGGGAAGAAGCUGGGCCUCGUGGCGUACGGCUCGGACUCGGACGACGAUUGA